AUGAAUCCAUUAACAAAUAUGAGAAAUGUAAAAAAACUCAGUGAACAAGAAUUGCAACGAUUACCUAAAAGUUCUUGGCAUGAUGAAUAUAAAUCAAGUGCAUGGAUAUUUGUUGGAGGAUUACCUUAUGACCUUUCUGAAGGCGAUCUUAUGUCUAUAUUUUCUCAAUAUGGGGAAAUCACUAAUCUAAAUUUGGUACGGGAUAAAGACACUGGCAAACAGAAAGGAUUUUGUUUCGUUUGCUAUGAAGAUCAAAGAAGUACAGUAUUAGCGGUAGAUAACUUCAAUGGUACACGUGUACUAGGUCGAAUAUUACGUGUUGAUCAUGUUAAAGAUUACAAACCUCCAAAAAACUCAGAACCUACUAAUAAAAUUAAAACUGAAAAAUUAGAAGAUGAUAUCCAGGUUAAAACAGAAAAUAAUGAGGAAAUAUUUUUGCCACAAUUUCAAAGAACAAUUAGCGCUCCAGAAAUCAAACGAGAAGUCUGCACUCCAGAAAUAAAGCGAGAAGUUUGUACUCCAGAAAUAAUUAAAAGUCCUGAAUAUGAAAGUAAUAAAAAAAUAAAAAAAUCUAAAGAUAAGAAAAGGCACCAUAGUGAUCAAAGAGAAAGGUCAAGAGAAAAACAUAGAAAAAAACAUAACAAAAGUGAACGUGAUAUAUCUAGUAAGAGAGAGAAAAGUAAUAAACGAUCUAUGCACAGUCAAAGUCAAGAGAAGGAUGUUGACAGAGAUUCUAAAACUAAAUCAUCUAAAGAGCACAGUAGAAGAGAUAAAUCAAGUGAAAGAGAUAGAAAAAAGUUAAAAGUCAAUAGAAAAGAAUAUAAUAACAAGGAUUAUGAUGACAAGAAUAAAAGAAAAAAUUAUGAAAAAGAUGACAACAAUUAUAAAAAAACAAAAAAAGUAUAA